UUUUUGCCGUCAGACUUCCGGGCCGAGAGAGUCGCUCCAGAGAUCCGUUCUUUAGGAACAUGCUUCAGAUUGUUGAUGAAGUCCUGCCGCUCCUGCUGCCGCUGCUGAAGGAGAAGCCGUUGGCUCUCUUCGGACACAGUUUUGGCGCCUUCACCUGCUUCGCUGUCGCAGACGCCCUGAAGAGACGCCACGGCGUGGAACCGGUCCACGUGUUUCUGUCCGGCGCGUCCGCUCCGUUUGUGAGUCUCGGAUCAAAUCCAUUGGUCACGUUCCCAUAAUUCCCAUGUUUAUGAUUCAACUCCAGUAUCAGAGCUCAGAUGUGGGAUGAACAGCUGUUCCGGCUCCGAGUCGGAUUCAUGAGCUUCCUCUGUUCAGAGAAACGGGAUUGUGUCCUCCGGGAUAACAGAAUCCCAGAGGGAAGCUGGGUUGAGAGGCUGCGGUGCGGCAGACGUAGACGGGGACCGCACCUGUGUCGUCGUGAUGCGCAGGUGAACAGAUCACCUGUCCUACGUCUGGAGGGUUCCAUGCGUCCGUCAUGGACGACUCGUGUUCGGGUUAAAAACGUAAAGCAGACAAGUUCACCGGGACACGAGCGCUCUGCGAUUCGAAUCAAAGCUCCAAAGAGAAGUGACCAAUCAGACGGUGACUUCCUCAGGUGGCUCACUUCGAUUGGAGGAACGCCCCCGGAGCUGCUGGAGAACCCAGAAGUGCUGAAGCUCUUCCUGCCGGCGCUGAAGGCCGACCUGCACGUGGUGGAGAACUUCAGCUAUGGAAAACCUGACGUUCCCAUCCUCUCCUGCCCUCUCACGUGCUUCGAUGGAAGGGAGGAUGUUCCUCAUGAUUUACAAGCUUGGAGAGACGUCACGUCUGGAGAGUUCACCGUCAGGAUGUUUGACGGGUCUCAUUUCUACCUGAAGGACCCGGAGAAUGAAAAGAUCCUGUUGGACUUCAUCAGGAAGAGCCUGGAAGCGUCCGAGAUGGAUUAUUUAUGAGGACCGGGUUCCUUUAGCUCGGCCUCAGCUCUGAGAUCUUCUGUAGGCCCAACACGGAGAACCACAGGCCGCCGGGUCAGCGGUUCUGGACCGGGUCAGGACUAAAUCCGACUUCUUCAUCCAGGAAAAGUAAACAAAACAAAAGCCCAGUUGUUUGUAAAUAAUUUAAUUCAUCAUAAAGGAUCAAAUGUAGAGUUGUUGGUACUAAACGUGGUUUUAAAGAACAA